AUGGCGAGCGCUGGCGGGCUCAAAUCGACAUACAAGCCAUCAGCUGCUGCUGCGGCAGCGUCGGCCCCAUUACCGCCAGGAUGGACAGAACAUACCGCGCCAACAGGACACAAAUACUACUACAACGCAUCAACAAAGGAAUCAACUUACCAGCGACCUGGCGUGCCGCCACCCUCUCCAGUGUCGGCGCAAGACGCAUACUCGCCGUACGCGAAUCUCCCAUCGCUCGCCGAUCCACGAGUGGCGAAUGCAUAUCUUGCGCAACUCAAUCCCCAGAACCAGCCCCGAGGUCGAGGCGCUCACAGCGGUCGAGGUGGUGGUAGGGGAGGGUUCGAAGGCAGGCCGAAGCCGCAACCCGUUGAUAAACCCAGGAAGGCAGAGAAGAUUCCAGGAUGUGAACCGUGGCUUCUUGUGUACACAAAGUAUUCCAGACGGUUUGCCUAUAAUCCAGUGAAAAAUGCGAGUUACUGGCGCAUUCCAGAGAAGCUUAUGGAGGGUAUCCUUGAGUUAGAUAAGGCACGAAUACGGGGCAAAGCUACUGGCGCAGCAGAGGAUGCCAAAAAUGGGAAAGAUGCGGAGAAUGAAACAGAAGAUCUGGCUGAAAAGCAGCAUGACUACGACAGCGACGAAUAUGAAGAGAUCGAAGUACAAGUGACUGAUGAUGAGGGCAGUGAUUCCCUUGACACUGAGCACCCGUCUAAACGACGACGGACAGAUAAAGGCGAAGCUGAAGAAGAAGUGGUAGAAGAAGAGGGGGAGGAGGAAGAAGAACAAGAAGAAGAAGAAGACGGCCCUGUCGAGUUUACUGAAGCAGACAUAGCCGCGCAACUCCGAGCCAUGGGAGAGGAAUACGGUCUCGAACCAGGCGACUACGACGACGGCAAUAUGGAAAGCUGGCCUGAGGGCACAGAGGGAAUUGAAUUUUCGGAAGAAGACGCCAAGCUUCUCUUUAAGGAUCUGCUCAACGACUUCAACAUUAACCCCUACAGCCCAUGGGAUAAACUUAUCGAAGAAGGCAAAAUUAUGGACGACCCACGAUACACAGCCCUCACUACAACACGAGCGCGCAAAGAAUGCUGGGACGAGUGGAUGCGCGAGAAGAUUGCCGAACUCAAAGAACAGCGAGCCAAGCAGGAGAAGAAGGACCCCAAGAUCGGAUACAUGGCUUUCCUGCAAGAAAAGGCCACGCCAAAAUUGUACUGGCUCGAAUUCAAGAGAAAAUUCAAAAAGGAGGAAGCAAUGAAGGACAUGAGACUGUCUGAUAAAGAUCGCGAAAAGGCAUACCGCGAACAUAUCAAUCGAUUGAAGAUGCCACAAGCAAAGCUAAAGUCUGAUCUCACCGCAUUACUGAAAGCUCAACCCAUCCACUUGUUAAAUAACAAGUCGUCGCCGACGAGUCUGCCUACCCCCGUACUUAUUGAUCUGCGGUAUAUUUCGUUGGAUCCCAAGAUUCGCGACCCUCUUGUGGAAGCGUAUCUUCAGACGCUGCCGCCGCCGCCCGAGGAUGUUGCUGCUGCCGAGGAAGACGAGGAGGAGAAGAAGAAGGCGAGAGAGGCGCGAGGCAAGCGUGAAAAGGCGCUGGAGGAGAGAAAUCGAGUCGUGGAAGAGCAGAAGAAGCGGAGGGAGAGGGAUCUCAUGGCUAGCAAGGCGCGGUUGAGAGAUGAGGAGAGAGAGUUGGAGGUUGCGAUGAGAGUAGGCAAACGGGGCUUGCAGAGUCAGUUGCAGGAUGGGGCAUAA